UAAACAGCUGAAAGGCAGAUAAUUUUUAUUAGUACAUGGAACCCAGCUAUGAUAUCAAGGUCCAUAGAGAGUGGAAGUAACUUAGAAAAGACACCUAAUAAAAGUAGCUGACAAAUGUAGAAGCACCGAGGAGUUUGGAGCCAAGACUUGAUAGAGACCAAAUUACCAUGAACGAUGUGCUAUAGUAUAAGCUGACCACCAAAGCAACUAAAGUAAACCAAGGGAAGACGCCUUGGGGUCUCUAUGGCGAACCAGGAGCCCACCGACCCCUCGCAUGCUCUGUUCGACCUCUUCGUCACGGCUGAAUCCUGCAGGGAUGUGCAGAAGCACUUUUUGGCGCUGUGCGAGCAGCUACAAGUGGAUCCCAAGGACUUCAGGGUCUUUUACUCCAAGCUGAAGGAAAGGCUGAACUACAGGAAGGCCAAAGACCUGUGGGUGAAGAUAGAUAAGAGGGCGUCACACAAGGACUACCAGCAGAGGAAGGCCUGUGCUGAAAACAAGUGUCUGGUGCUGGGGGCCGGACCAUGUGGGCUGAGGGCCGCUGUGGAGCUGGCCCUGCUAGGGGCCCAGGUGCUGGUGGUGGAGAAGAGGGCGUCCUUCUCCAGGAACAACGUGCUGCACCUGUGGCCCUACACCGUCUGCGACCUCCGAGGGCUCGGAGCCAAGAAGCUAUACGGUCGAUUCUGCACCGGGACCCUGGACCACAUCAGUAUUCGCCAGCUGCAGCUCAUCCUGCUGAAGGUGGCUUUGGUCCUGGGGGUGGAGGUGUUGACUGCGGUGGAGUUCCAGGGUUUGGAGGAGCCCUCCGGGGACAAAGGUUGGACUGCAAAACUGCAUCCUAAUCUCCAUCCUACGCUGGCCUUUGAAUUUGAUGUCUUUAUUUCUGCUGGAGGGGGGAGCUUUCUCCCUGAUGGCUUCAAGCAAAAGGAACUCAGGGCGACUCUUGCGAUCGGCAUCACGGCCAACUUCACAAACAGACACACUGUGGCCGAGGCCCGGGUGGCAGAGAUCAGCGGAGUGGCCCGCAUCUACAACCAGAAGUUCUUCCAUGAUCUGCUCACUCAAACAGGUAUUGAUUUAGAAAACAUUGUUUACUAUAAGGACGACACCCACUAUUUUGUGAUGACUGCCAAGAAAAAGAGUCUGUUGAAGAAGGGGGUCAUUAAGCAGGACUACAGCGACGCUGAGCAGCUGCUGGCCCGGGAGAACGUGGACCAUGACGCCCUGUGGCGCUACGCCUACGAGGCGGCCAACUUCUCCACCAACCGCCAGCUGCCUGACCUGGAGUUCGCCACCAACCACGCGGGGCGGCGCGACGUGGCCAUGUUCGACUUCACCUGCAUGCACCGCGCCGAGCACGCCUCGCUGGUGCGGGAGCGCCGCGGCAAGAAGCUGCUCAUGGGCCUGGUCGGGGACAGCCUGGUGGAGCCCUUCUGGCCCCUGGGAACGGGUAUUGCCCGGGGUUUCUUUGCUGCCUUUGACACUGCGUGGAUGGUGAGAAGCUGGGGCCUGGGAGACCCCUACCUCAAAGUGCUGGCUGAGCGAGAGAGUGUCUACCAGCUCCUGUCCCAGACCGACCCGGGGAACACCAACAAGAACUACACGUCCUACAGCAUCAGACCCUCGACGCGUUACCGGCACGUCAACCUGUCCGCCAUACAGGUGCACCAGGUACAGCACCUGUACCACGUCAACGACAUCCCUCCGAGCAAGGAGAACAUAGACGCUCACCUACGACAAGAUUCGGCGGGUGGUGUGGAGGAUCUGUUGAGGUGGUGUCAGAAGAACACGGCGGGCUACGCCGGAGUAGAAGUGAAGGACUUCACCCUGUCGUGGACCUCGGGCCGAGCUCUGUGCGCCCUGAUCCACCACUUCAGACCCCAGCUCAUUGACAUGUCGUCUCUGAAUGAGUCCGAUGCGGUUCACAACCACCAACUGGCCAUGGAUCUUCUGGAGCGGGAGCUGAGCAUCUCCCCGGUGAUGGCCGCCAGCGCCAUGGCCAGCAGUGGCCUGAUAGACAAGCUGUCCAUGGUGCUGUACCUCACCCAGGUCCACGACGUCCUCACAAAGAACAAAAAAGAGCCUGCAGACGUCCUGGACCUGCCCAAGCCCCUGACUCUGCCGCGAUUGCUGUCUGCCGUUUACUUCCUGAGCAAGCUGAAGCACAACUCGCUGCAGAGACCAAAGCCUGCAGCCCCCCCUGUUGCCCCGGAGGGGAACCAGGGCUCCGGUGUGAUGGGGGACAUCGAGACGGACGCGGCCCCGGCACUGGGCAGCAGCAGCGAGGACUGCUACAGCUGUGGCCAGCGGCUGUACCUCCUGGCCCGCGUCAACGCCAUGGGGAAGUUCUUCCACCGCCACUGCUUCACCUGCCACAAGUGUGGACACCCGCUGAGGCUGGGCGGCUACACCUUCCACCAGACCACAGGGACCUUCUACUGCGAGCUGCACUCCGAACACCUGGGCCCCGAGAACGGAUCCGAGGACUCCUCUGAUGAGGUGUGUGCAGGAGGAGACGGUCCAACGGAUGAAGAGAACAGCACUUCUAGUGAUGAAGACGUUCCCUCCCCCUCAGACGAGGAUCUAGAACACACGCUAGACUCUGGACCCACACGGCCACAUCCAGUCCAGGGAGAUCAACACCAGACCAUCCCUGGACCUAUAGGGAACCCCCAGUCCCCUGCAAAGCCCCCUCAUGCUACCGGGAUGGUGGCGCCCAUUGAAGAGGAAGAGGAGGAGGAGGAGAAGACCACCAUGCCCAACGCGUCCCCUCCUACCCCAAAGCCCCGCGUCUCCAAGAAGAACCAUCCCAGCCCGCAGCCCUCGCCUCCGGUCCCCAAGCCGCGAACCCUCCACCUGGUCGACCCCCUAGCCGACGACGAGGACCCCGGAGGGUCCCCUGAGCACCAGGACCGGGGGUCCCCCUGCCAGAAGGACUCCCGGCCCAAGCAGUCUCUGCGGAAGCUGCAGCUGUCGGAGGAGGAGAAGUGCCAACUGGUGAACCUCCAGAGCUUCAGCGCCGACUCGGACUCGGAGACCCCCGGGGGGUCUUCCAGCUGCUCCUCUUCGUCCGCGGCCACGGCGGGGGGGCCGAGCCCCCCCAAGCCGGCGGGGCAGGGCCAGGGCCAGGACCCGGGGCAGGAGGAGGAGGAGGAGGACUACUUGAGCGGCAGCACGUUGCAGCGCGGGAAGAGGAACCGCCGCUGCAUCCGCAGGAAAGAGGAGCCGGGCGGCCAGGCUAAGACCAGGGUCCACUCCAAGGUCUCCCCCAGAGACCCCCAGCUCAGCGUCCUCACCCCCCACCCGGGCAGAGUGGAGACAACUUUCAGACAUGGCCACAGCACUUCAGAAGAUGGGGAUGAUGAAGAGGAGGACGAUGAUGACGACGAUGAAGAAGACAUGAGGUUUGGGAGUUACGACAUUGAAUUCCCUGAUGAGAAGCCCUCUGACCCCGUCGAAGCAGAGAAGUUGGAACUGAGGAAGAUGAGGACCCUGGAGCGAAGAGCCAAGAUGACUGAACUACAGCGCUUCCGUAAUGCCCAGUCCAUCCAGAGGAGGCUGGAGGAGAUCGAGGUGACCUUCAAAGAGCUGGAGGAAAAAGGCGUGGUGCUGGAAAGAGCUCUGAGAGGGGAGCCAGGAAGUGGAGGUUCUCCUGAGAUGAUCGAGCAGUGGAUACAGCUGGUCCACGAGAAAAACGCAGUGGAUUCUGAGGAGUCCGACCUCAUGGUGGCGUCUCGACAGCUGGAGCUUGAAGACCAACAGGGCAUACUGGAACUGGAGCUCAGGAAGUACAAGGAACUGAGCGACUCUGAGAAGACGGCGGAGCAGCAGGCGGAGGAGGAGCGCAUCCUGCAGCAGAGGAUGGAGGUGGUGGACAUGAGGGACUCCCUGGUGGCCUUCCUGGACGAGAAGCGUCAAGUUGUUUCAGGGUGAACUACAAGAUAGCAGGAUGGGAUAAUUAUGUGAAUUGAUACAAAUCCACCAGUGGCAGCAUUGUACUUUGAAAGCUGGUGGGCAGCAUGUCUUGUACUACAAGGGCAGAAGGAAAGGGCCUACUCUUGAUUUGUAAAACUAAAUAAAAAAACCUGGGCCUAUCAUUGGGCCUAUUUUUGCCCUCAAUGACUGAAGCUAUUGGUUGUAAUUUGGCUAUGUUCAUUGUCAGCUACAAUUGUUUCAAGAAAAAUAAAGACACAAUACCAAAAGUGA